AUGCUGGUCAGCGGGGGCCGCAAGACGCCCGCUGGGGUGGUGGUCACGCCGGACUUCAUAGAUUUCGUGCAGAUCACGGCGCGCGUGAAGAGAGACCGAUUCGUGGGGUUUGCCGCCGCCGCGCCAGCCUCGGGCGUCAGGCGGGGCCAGUCGCUCCUCCCGGCGUGCCUGUCGCCGGCCCCAAUCGAGGCGCCGGCGGACGACGACUCGUUCGGCGGGCCCACCGCCCCGCCUCCCUCCUUGGGCGACGCCGGCGGCCAGCCGUCCAAGGGGCGGCGCCACACGUGGGCGGCCGGACUGAUUGGCAGCGCCGCUUCCGGCAUCUUGAGUUGGCCGGGCACGCCGCGCGGGCCGCCGCCGGCGCCGUCAGCGGCGGCCGUCGGGGGCGCGUCGUUCCACUCUCAGCCGGACGCGUCUCUCUCUCGGUCCGGCAGCAGCGGCAGCGGCGGCGGCGCGUCGGCGGCGUCUUUCGUGGGGGCGAGCGGCGGCAGCAACGGCGGCGGCGGCGGCAGGACGGGCGCGUGGCAGGUGCUGUGGCGGUCCGAGCAGCAGCAGCACAGCCUGUGCUUCGAGGCUACCCAGGAAGCGCGUCAGGUGCUGCACCGGCACACCUCAAAGUGGCUGGGCCAAGCGGGGGAGGAGGAUGGGCUGCAGCAGCAGCAGCAGCGGCGGCAGCAGCAGCAGCAGCAGCAGCAGCAACAGCACCGGCAUCAUCAGCAGCAGCACCACCACCCACAGCAGCUGCCGGACCGCUCGGCCACGCCGCCGGCCGGCGGCAGCGGCAUCGACGGGGGCCUAGUUGAGGUGGUGAUGCCGCGCCUGCUGGACGGCGCGGCAGCCGGCGGCUUCGUGCCGCGCACCAGCGAGCCCUCUGCGCUGGUGGCGCCGCGCGCGCUGGCGGCGCUUGCGGCGGCGCUGCCGUCGCGGUUCAGGACCAACGAUUGGUCCCUUGUGUACAGCACCGCGCGCCACGGCACGUCGCUGCAGACGCUGUACCGCAAGGCGGCGGGGGCGGCGCCCACCAUCCUGGUCGCGAAGGACACGGGCGCACCUCCCCUCAUCCUUGCGCCGGCGAUGGGGCCGAUCGGGGCGAUGGCUCCGGGGCAGGGCCGCGCGCCAGGGGCAAGGAGGGCAGCGGCGGCCGUGCCCUGGGCAAGCCGGCCAGCUGCCGGGUUCCGAACCGUCGGUUGA